AUGAACAAAAUUAUUCACCAGCUCCUUGUACUGGGAUUCUGCAUCGCCAUCGGCCAAGCUCUGCAAUGCUACAACUGCAAAAUAGGCGCGUUCGGCGUGUGCAUAACCACUAAAACGGAUUGUGCAGCCGGAGAGAAAUGCUUCAGUGGUAAUGGGACGGCAGUCACCGCCGUCCUGAAAACAAUGCAGAAGGGCUGUCUAAAGGAGGCUGAGUGCAACAAGACAACGGACAAGGGCGUUAUCAGCAAGUACCCUCUCUUCUCCACAACCAAGACGUGCUGCAACACUGACCUCUGCAAUGCAGCGCCUGGUCUGCCCGGGGCCUCCGGGCUCAGCCUGGCCCUCGCCACCAUCACUGCUCUGCUCAUGGCCCAAGUCCUGGUUUGA